AUCAAAUCAAGAUUCGAAACAAAUAAAUAAGCUAUAGAGAAAGAUUCCUCAAAAAACAAAAAACUAUAGAGAAUGAGUGAGGUGGGGAAGAGAGAAACAAGGAUGAAAGUGGAACAAGUACUCCACAUGAAUGGAGGAAUUGGAGAAACAAGCUAUUCAAAUAACUCCUUACUUCAGAAAAAGGUUAUUUCUUUGACAAAAGAAAUGAGAGAUGAAGCCAUAAAGAACCUCUACUGCAAAACGUUCCCAAAAAGGCUAGGUAUUGCAGAUUUGGGUUGUUCUUCUGGGCCAAACACUUUGUUGGUGAUAUCUGAAGUUAUCAAAUUAGUUGAUAAACUUUGCCAAGAACAUAAUCACGAGUCUCCAGAAUACCAAGUCUUCAUGAAUGAUCUUCAAGGGAAUGAUUUCAACAACAUUUUUAGGUUACUUGAUAGGUUCACAGAGAAACUAAAUGAUGAAGUGGAAGAUGGGAUUGGUGGUCCAAUCUUUUUCUAUGGGGCUCCUGGUUCUUUUUAUGGCAGGAUUUUUCCAACAAAAACAAUGCAUUUCAUUCAUUCCUCUUACAGCCUUCAAUGGCUCUCACAGGUUCCUAAAGGUGUAGAGAAUAAUAAGGGUAACAUUUACAUGGCUACCACAAGCCCCGCAAACGUGCUCAACGCUUACCAUGAGCAAUUUCAAAGAGAUUUCUCAUUGUUUCUCAAGUGUCGUGCAGAAGAACUUGUUGACGGGGGUCGUAUGGUUCUCACAAUCUUGGGAAGAAAAAGUGAUGAUAAAUAUAGCAAAGAGUGUUGCUAUAUUUGGGAGCUUCUUGCUGUUGCCCUUAAUGACAUGGUCUUGGAGGGAAUUAUAAUGGAGGAGCAAAUGGACACUUUCAACAUUCCUCAGUACACACCAUCUCCAUCAGAAGUAAAAUUAGAGGUUUUGAGAGAAGGGUCAUUCACUAUUGAUCGUCUGGAAGUAACAGAAGUACAUUGGAAUGCUUAUAAUGAUUGGAAUGAGGUUGAUUUUAGAAGUAGUUUAUCUAAAUCACUCAUUGAUGGGGCAUACAAUGUCACAAAAUGUAUGAGGGCCGUAGCUGAACCUUUAUUGGUCAGUCACUUUGGAGAAACUAUCAUUGAAGAAGUUUUUGGAAGAUAUCUAGAAAUUUUAGUUGAUCGCAUGUCUAAGGAGAGAACUGAAUUCAUUAAUGUGAGCAUAUCAUUGACCAAAAAAGUGUGACCUAGAAGCUGCUUGCAUAUCUUUGAUUUAUGUUGUUGUUGUUGUGUGUUUGCAUAAUUACUUCUUGAUUCUAAACUAUUUGUGUUAAUUUGCAUGAUGAUAACAUGUAUUUAUUUAUAAAAUUUGAAAUAAUAUAAAUGUUAUGAUAUUUGUUUGUGGA